GGCCUACUGUUGAGUUAUACGAGAUGUUUUUGAUUGUCAUGAAUUUAAACAACUUUUUACGUAGCACCGAAGUGACCUGUUAUCCAACAACGUUUUCACAGUGUCAAUAAUCAUUCCAAAAAUGGGAGGCGCAUUUACAGUCUUGAUAGUUGUUGGAAUUAUGUUUCAAGAUGUCGUCUUUUCUUGGCCCAUCACGAUAGACAUGCCACCAGUCGUCUCAGUUUUUGAAGGUGACGACGUAGAAUUAGAAUGCAAGGGACGGUAUGCGAAUGGUACAUUGAUUCAACCAUGUUAUGACUCAGUACUCCAAUGGUUUGUUGUGUUGGAAAACGCAGAAAGUGUUUAUAUUGCAGGAUGUGGUAGAGUGGUGUCAUUCAAGAACAAGACUUUGGAAUUUAAUCCAGACAAUGGCAGUCUAAACAUAUUGGAUAUAGGCCUUGCAGAUGAUGCCGUGGUUGGGUGUACAGUGUUAGGAUUAUUCGGCAGUUACUCAAACAUGACACAUCUUAAAGUUAAAAAAGCCAACUUUGGUGUUCAGACUGAUGGAAAACUUACGCCAGUAGAAGGGGAGAGUGCUUCCUUACCUUGCUCUGUGAUCGACAGCGGCACAACUGACAAGAGAAACUUCACCUUUGAGUGGUCAUUCAACGACACCAUACUGCAGUCGUGCAAUCCAUCGGGCGAGGUCUUUUAUUCCGUCGACCAGACGGGAAAGUACGGGCUUCAUCACGGCAAGACAAGCUGUAAUCUUACGAUUCUAAACUUGAACUUGAAGGACGUAGGAAGAUACCAAUGUGACGUCCACGACUCCUUCUACAACCAGUCCAACAACAAUUCUACAACAAUCGUCCUCGGCGAUCAGCCGGCAUCGAUCGCAACAUUGCCAGCAACAACAGACUUGAACGAAGGUCAAACAACGGGCAUAAGCAGUUUGACACUGAAAACGGGACAAGGGUCUAGAGCUACUCCGUUGGAUACCAUUUCUCGGAAAGACAUUGUUUUGAUCACAGCGGUGUCAUCCGGACUUGUACUGGUCGCAAUAAGCCUGCUGGUUGUCGCAUCGAGGCUCCGUAAAGAUCGUCAUUCUGCUGUCCAGAUCAACCAAACCAAUGAUGCGAACAGAGCUACUGUGACUUUCAGACGAGCCCCUUCACCAGGAAGCAUUCGAAUUGGACCCAAUCUGUUAAGCAGAUUUGAAGUCCAAGAUGCAGAAACGGCUUACGAAGAAGUCGGGGAGAUUGGCGAACAUGCAACAUCAACAACCGAUAACCGCAACGUAAUAGCUCAUACAUAUGCUGAGGCGAGGCUGUCAUUGGCUGAAGGGGAAGAUGAAGCCCAAAGCCCGCCCCCACCGCCUCGUGGGAUUUUUAACCAACCACCUCAUUGGAUUUAGACUGGGCCCCUUUUGCUGAAUUAU